UCGGAGCAUGUCAGAUGAUGUUUUGAAUGAGGAUUCUAAUGAUCAAAUGAAUGAUGAUAACAGAAAUGAUGAAAAUUUAGGAAAAAUGCAGCAGUGUGAUAUUUCUAAAAGUCGUGAAGAUGAAAGUACUCAAAAAACAGCUUUUGAAUUAGAGCAGGAAAAGAUAAAGAAGAAAAUUGAAGAAUAUGAAAAAAACAUGUUAGAACCUUUACCAUGGCACUUAACAGGUGAAGUUGCUGCAAGUAGUCGGCCUAUUGAUAGUCUUGUUCAUCAGCAAACAGAUUUUGAUAGUAAUGCAAAACAAGAUCUUGUUGUUGAUAGUGUAUUGAAUGAAAAAAUAGAAAGCAUAAUCAAAAUGGCUAUAAUUAAUAAGGCAUUCAAUGACGUAGAAAGGAAGAUCAAACCGACAGAAGAAAUAAUUGCAUACAAAAAAGAAAUAGUACUUGAUCAGACAAAAAGCAAGAAAGGCCUUGCAGAGAUUUAUGAAGAGGAUUAUCUAAAAAAGCAGAAAAAACCAGGAGAAAAUGAAAAAGAGGAGGAUCCAAAACAUAAAGAAAUCAAAAAGCUAAUGGAUUCUUUGUUUCCAGAAUUACAUGCUUUAUUUUCCUUUAUACCCAAACCAGCUUUACCUGACAUCAAAGUAGUUAGGAAUGUACCUGCCAUUACUGUUGAAGAAGUUGCUCCAACUAAUGUCAGUGAUGCAACACUUUUGGCACCUGAAGAAGUUAAGGUAUUGUAUUAUUUCUGUUUAUUUGGAGUACUGCAAGAACAAGCUAAUAUGUGCUCAAGUGCAUUCAUGAAUAUGUUUGCCUCAUGAAAUAUCUCCAUCAGG